AUGCGCAAUCCUGUAAUUCGGAUUCCUUACACGGAGCUCUUCCCACCACCAACCAUAAUCCCGCACACAGCCCGGUCCCUCCCUGGCGCCGUUGCGGCUCUGCAAGAAUUCCUUCACGCCCCGCCUCCGCGGGACCUACCCGCUUCAACUAUCAUCCUCACAGGCGCCGGACUCUCGGUGGCAAGCGGCCUUGCGGAUUAUCGGGGCGUCAACGGAACUUACCGCGUCAAUAAGACGUACCGCCCCAUCUACUACCACGAGUUCCUCACGAACCACGAAGCGCGCAAGCGUUACUGGGCCCGGAGUUUUCUGGGCUGGACGACGUUGAAUAAAGCCUCCCCGAAUGCCGGGCACUAUGCGGUACGGGAUCUAGGCCGGCUGGGCUUGGUCUCUGCGGUCAUCACCCAGAAUGUGGACUCUUUCCAUCCCCGUGCGCAUCCCGAGAUUCCAACGCUGGAGUUGCAUGGCUAUCUAAGGUCGACAGUGUGUACAUCAUGCUGGAAUGAGUUUCCCCGAGAGAGUUUCCAGAGAGAGUUAGCGAGGCUGAAUCCCAUUUGGGAUGCCUUUUUGCACGAGGCCGUGGCCUCUGGCGCACUCGAGACGGAGGACCCCGACGAGAAGCGCGCUCGGGGUAUCAGGAUGAAUCCGGAUGGCGAUGUUGAGCUUCCGGAAGCGCCGUAUACCACUUUCCGAUAUCCUGCCUGUCCGAAGUGCCUAAGCAGCCCUCCCUACCUGGCGGAAGGAAAGGCAGUGGUCGAAGUUGAUGACGAUGGUGCUUGGAGCCCGGCUAGUAAUGCUGGUAUCCUCAAGCCGGCUGUCGUUAUGUUUGGGGAGAGCAUCCCUGCGAAGAUCAAGGAGGCCGCCGAGGAUGCAAUCGACAAGGCUGGAAGGGUUCUCGUCCUUGCCACCUCCCUUGCGACGUACUCCGCGUGGAGGCUGGUAAAGCGCGCCAAAGAUAGGGGGAUGCCAAUUGCCAUUGUUAAUGUGGGCGGGGUCAGAGGCGAGGAUGCCUUCUUUGCAGACCUACGUGACCCCCAAAUGGGGAGUUUAGGAGUAAGGGUGGAGAUGUCCACAGAGACCCUGUUGCCGGCCCUCUUGGCACAGCUGCGGCAACCCCGGUUCCAAAGGGCCGAAUCUCGCAUGGCUGAUGGCUCGUCCGAGCAGAGCGGUGCUGCCGUAUUCAAGGACAUGUUGUCUUAG